AUGGGGGCCUGUGACAUUGUGACUGACACCAACAUCUCAUCUGGUCUUGAGAGCAACACCACAGGCAGCACAGCCUUCUCCAUGACCGGCUGGCAGCUGGCGCUGUGGGCCACAGCCUACCUGGCCCUGGUGCUAGUGGCUGUGACGGGCAAUGCCAUAGUCGCCUGGAUCAUUCUGGCCCAUCAGAGGAUGCGCACGGUCACCAAUUACUUCAUUGUCAACCUGGCCCUGGCCGACCUGUGCAUGGCUGCCUUCAAUGCCGUCUUCAACUUCGUCUACGCCAGCCACAACAUCUGGUACUUUGGCCGUGCCUUCUGCUACUUCCAGAACCUCUUCCCCAUCACAGCCAUGUUUGUCAGCAUCUACUCCAUGACGGCCAUUGCCAUCGACAGAUACAUGGCCAUCGUCCACCCGUUCCAGCCACGGCUCUCGGCCCCCAGCACCAAGGCGGUUAUCGGCGGCAUCUGGCUGGUAGCCCUCGCCCUCGCCUUCCCCCAGUGCUUCUACUCCACCAUCACUGUGGACCAGGGUGCCACCAAGUGCAUGGUGGCCUGGCCCGAAGACAGCGGGGGCAAGUCACUCCUCCUGUACCACCUGGCGGUGAUCGUCCUCAUCUACCUCCUGCCGCUCACUGUGAUGUUCGUAGCCUACAGCGUUAUCGGCCUCACGCUGUGGCGGCGCGCGGUCCCCAGACAUCAGGCGCAUGGCGCCAACCUGCGCCAUCUGCAGGCCAAGAAAAAGUUUGUGAAGACCAUGGUGCUGGUGGUGGUGACAUUUGCCGUCUGCUGGCUGCCCUACCACCUCUACUUCAUCCUGGGCAGCUUCCAGGAGGACAUCUACUGCCACAAGUUCAUCCAGCAGGUCUACCUGGCACUCUUCUGGUUGGCCAUGAGCUCCACCAUGUACAACCCCAUCAUCUACUGUUGCCUCAACCGAAGGUUUCGCUCUGGAUUCCGGCUGGCUUUCCGGUGCUGCCCAUGGGUCACGCCAACUGAGGAAGACAAGCUGGAGCUGACUCACACGCCAUCCUUCUCCUUGAGGGUCAACAGGUGUCACACCAAAGAGAUUUUGUUCAUGGCUGGGGACAUAGUCCCCUCAGAGGCUACCAAUGGGCAGGCUGGGGGUCCCCAAGAUGGGGAGUCCGUGGAGCUCUGA